AUGGCCGCUGUAUUUAUCCCACCUUCUCCCCAAACCUCCCUGAACAUGUCGACUCGACGCCCUCUCGCCAACGUGCCGAAUGCAACCAACUCUCCACAUAGGGCAGGGCUCCUGUCGGCCAAACGAGCUCGAUCUGGGCAGCUCGAAAUCCCCUACGGCCAACCUCCGCCCAAGAAGCAGGUGAUGGACGCGGCGGAGCAGGAUGCUCGGUCUCCCUCCAGAAACCGGUCGACGGCCUACCACAGUGCCGAGUCAAAGCUCUUCUCGAGACGGUCCAAUAACCCCAAUCCUAGCGCGUUUGAAAAGAAGCUGGUAGCUGCUCGUGAGAAGGAUCGGCCUUCGCAGCUGAAGACGGCGAGAGGCGAGAAGCCGUCGACGGACACUAUGGACACCAUUCGACAGUGGCAACGGCACUACCGCAAGGCGUUCCCGCAGUUUGUUUUUUACUUCGACAGUAUUCCGGAGGAUGUUCGUCGAAAGUUCUCUCGCCAGGUUGUUGCUCUUGGAGCUCGUGAGGAAAAGUUCUUUUCUCGUCUGGUCACACACGUCGUCACUUCGCGUCCCAUACCCCCCGAAGCCUCCACCAGCCCGACCGAGGAAGCACCUGCCGAUGGAGAUGCUCAUAUGGAAACCGUAAAUCCCUCCCUGCUGGAGAAAAACGGCGACACACACCUCCAGCCGUCGUUAAAGCACGAUGCGCGUCGGGAACAAGGAUCCAUGGAUGUCUUGCAACGAGCUCGACAGAUGGGGAUGAAGAUUUGGGCCUUGGAAAAGCUUCAGCGAAUGAUCACAACGAUCAACGAUAAUGAUAUUGGUGGUCAGAAUGAUAGUGUCUCCCGGAACAAGGCUGGCGGUGCCUCGGCCAACGGACGAGGCGAAAAUGACCUCUCGCGCGUUCUUCGUCAGGAGCUUCUCAAUGGACCCUCUGAUCGUGACCCAUUGUCGUCAAUGGAGUUGCUCAUGUUCAAGGGACCUUUCGUUUACAUCCACGACAUGAACGAAAAGACCAAGCCGGUUAUGGUCCGAGAGUACUCCAAGGUUGCCAGACGCCAAGAUGGAGCUUGGCCACAGUUCCGGAGUGCGCCUCUGGGCAAGUGCCCAUUCAUCGAUGAGCCUCCGAGCCGGAAAGAAUAUGAUCGUCACCGUAUGCGGCAGAUCCAGAAGGAGAAGAAGUCGGCUGUCCAGAACAUGGACGAACAUCGCACAAAACCAUCUGCUGCUGCCACCGAGCGGACCAUCGACACGAAGCUGGUGACGGAACUCCACAAGCCCAAGCAUUUAGAAGAGCAACAGCCUCCCAAUCGGCCUGAGGCCCCAGCGAAGGCUCUUGCCGAUGAUCCCCACGAGCGCAAAAGCUCAGAGAGCUUCAUCCCUCCCCACUUCCCUCGCACUGGACCUUUCUACACUGGCCGCGAGCCUGCGGCCUCUGGAGUACAACCGUCAAAUGUCACAUCUGCCAUCCGGUCUCAAAUGAUUUCAUCUACUGCCGCCGCCCCAGGCGCGAAAGCAGGAUUGAGCAAGGAAGUCCAUGGGCUGAAGAGAAAGGUUCUGGAAAAGGGCACUGGUGGUAUCGGAUCCAUGGCUGCUCCCCAGCGUCCUACUAACGGGUCUACUGUGCCCGCUAGGGGUCAGCAGACCUUCACAAAGCCCGCUGCUCUCGAGAAGAAUGGCCAAGCAGAGGCUGCUGGCACGAAGCGUCGUCGGGAUGAAGAGCAGGACAGUGAGCAGAAGAAACCUGAGCGACGGAGGGACCCGAAGCCUGGAUAUUGCGAGAACUGCCGUGAUAAGUUCGAUGACUUUGAAGAGCACACCCUGACCAGAAAACACCGUCGCUUUGCCCAGAACACGGCCAACUGGGCCGAACUCGAUGCCCUGCUGUUCGAGAUCCAACGGCCUCUGAAGGAGGAGUACGAAUUUGACGAGUGAUUUGGGGAUACCACAAUGAUGCGGCGGUGAAUUUCGGAUUU